AGCAAACCAUUCGUUCCAAUAAUUCACAAGACAAGUGUCUUCUAGCUAGAGUCCACACCUUCCAACUAAGCUUUUGCCAAAAAAAACUUAUCUUAAUUUACUUUCUCUUAUCCAAAGUUCUUUGUUUACCAUUAAAAAAAAAGAACCAUUCUUUCACCAAGUUCUUGUAAAACAAAACAAAAGAAAACAUGAACACAAACGAUCAUGGCCUUCUCUUCUUGACCUUAAUCUUCGUCUUUUCUCUUGUUUACUUCCCCUACUUAGUCAUAUCCGACACACCAUGUCCCUACCCGUGUUAUCCAACGCCGCCUAUUGGUGGUGGCUCCUCCACACCUUCCAUGACUCAACCACCACCAUAUCCUCCUCCAGGCGUUAACUACCCUACUCCAGCUGGGAAUUUACCAAAUUACCCUCCUCCGGUUGGGAAUAUACCUAACUACCCUUCUCCACCGUAUGGUGGCGGAGACAGUAGUGGCAGCAGCUUCUAUGGCCCUCCACCGCCGAAUGCUAUUUUGCCGUACUUCCCUUACUACUUUAGAAAACCUCCUCACCAAACGGAUCAAACGUCCUCGUCUUCACACGUGGCGGUUCCAGGGAAAUGGACGGUGAGGAUCGUAGCCGUGGCAAAUCUUGUGGUUGUUGGAGUUCUCGGUAACAUUCUGUUUAUAACUUAAUAAAUACGUAACUCUUGUGGGAGUUUUUUUGUGUGUUAUGUAUGUAAGAGAUAUUGUAAUACUUUAGAAUAUACUGAAGCGGAACUGUAGCAGAAAAAAUUGUUGAUUUACUUAAGAACAUUAUUCGAAGUAUUUCUUGUAUUAUUUAGAU